GCGGAUUCCUUUUGUUUAGUGCGUGUUUGUGUCGUCGUUGUCUCCUGGUUAACGUUUCAUUGCAUGACGGAUGAACACAGUGAAGAACUGUGACCUCCUCCUCUUCCUCACAGGGGCAUUUGACCCCAACAUUCCAGAGGAGGGCCCUACAGCGCCCCCUGCUGGCUGGCUGGAUGUCAUACAUGGAUACCAGGACCACAAAGGAGGAGAUGCUGACCCCUUGUACCCGCCCCCCCCCGCCUACACCCCCCAACCUGAACUCAACAAGAACACCUUGGUGCCCAACGUCAGGGUCCCCAUGGUGUCGGAGGCCGUGGCCCGAGACGCUCUGCUGAGGUUCGUGGACUCUAAGUGGAGGUACAGCUCCAAACCCGCCAGGAACCUGGUCUUCAAAGAGCUGAAGCCCAUCACGGUCUACCGGUAUCGCCUGGAGUCCUUCACCGAGACCAGGACCAGCGCCUGGCAGUUUGAGCCCUACAACGCAGGCCAGCUGGUGGACGGCCCUCAGUUCGGGGCCAGUCCUCCCCCGUGGGACGUCCCCCUGGCGCUGCCGCCGGCCUUCAGCGACCGCGUGGAGAAGCUCCGCGUGCCGCACUCGUCCCUGGUGAAGUUGUGUCACAAGUGUAACGGCUGUGGGAGAACUCGCUGUGGAACAUGCCACGGGAGAGGGAGGAAGCGCUGCAUCUACUGUCACGGGUACAGACGCAAGAGGAACAAGCGCUGCACCUCCUGCAACGGCCGGGGCCACAAGAGGUGUACCCUCUGCCAGGGCCAGGGCUCCAGGAGCUGCUCCGUGUGCCUCGGGACACAACAGCUGCUGCACUUCAUCCUGCUGACCGUCACCUGGAAGAACGACGUCUCUGACUUCAUCCCUGACCGGCAGCCUGACUUCCCUGACCAGCGCUUCCAGCAGGUGUCAGGUGACCCGUACUUCGUGGACGCCAGCGUCCUGGUGUAUCCCAUCCAGGGCUUCCCCGACCAGGAGAUCUGUGACGUCUCCACGAGACUCAUCAACGAACACCUGAGGAGACACAGAGACACACGGCGCAUCCUGCAGCAGGUGCUCCAGCUGGCAGCCGAUGAUGGAGCCAGCCUUCCUCACCAGUCUGUUAGACGGCUGGUGUCACCGGCUCCGAUGCUGCUCCCCCAGCAGACAAUGGCAAAGUGCAGCACACUGGCCACAACCGACUGGUAGAAUAACUCCAGCAUCUUGCUGCACACGUUGAAGGAUCGAAGCUUCCUCAGGAAAAAGAGUCGACUCAUCCCCUUCUUGUACACAGCGUUGAUGUUGGCCUUCCAGUUCAGUCGGCUGUCGAUGGAGACGCCCAGGUACUUGUACUCCUCCACCAUGUCCACGUCCACUCCCAGGACACUCAGAGGUGUAGGAGCUGUCGCCUUCCUCCUGAAGUCCACCACCAUCUCUCUGGUCUUGAAUCGGGUCAAAUUGAGCCGAAGGCGACAGGAGGGUUAAAAAAAUAAAAUUAAAAAAGAGACACACACACACACACAGAGACACACACAGAGACACACACACAGAGACACACACACACAGAGACACACAGACACACACACACAGAGACACACACAGACACACACACACAGAGACACACACAGACACACACACACACACAGAGACACACACACACACAGAGACACACACACACACAGAGACACACACACACAGAGACACACACUGACACAGAGACACACACACAGACACAGAGACACACACACACACACACAGAGACACACACAGACACACACACACACACAGAGACACACACACAGACACACACACACACACAGAGACACACACAGACACACACACACACACAGAGAGACACAGAGUUGAUGUUGUGUUGUUGUUGAUAUGUUGUUGUUGUUGUGUUGUUGUUGAUGUGUUGUUGUCGAUGUGUUGUUGUUGAUGUGUUGUUGUUGUGUUGCAGCGGCAGACCAUUGAGCUGGUUCCUCUGACUCAGGCGCUCUACACCUUCAACGGGAAAAACUACAACUACUACGUCUACGGGGCGGAG